AUGGAAGCUGUUGGAGAGGCUCUUCUUUCCUCUUUCGUUCAACUCUUGGUUAGCAAACUGAAGUACCCCUCUGAUUUGUUGAAGUAUGCCCGCCAAGAGCAAGUCCACAGGGAGCUCAAGAAAUGGGAGGAAACACUGUCGGAGAUGCUUCAACUGCUCAAUGUCGCUGAGGACAAGCAGAUCAACGAUCCCUCCGUGAAAGCAUGGCUCGAACGUCUCCGGGAUUUGGCUUAUGACAUGGAGGACAUCUUGGACGAGUUUGGCUACGAGGCUUUGCGAAGAAAGGUGAUGGCGGAAGCUGAUGGUGAAGCCAGCACAAGCAAGGUACGCAAGCUCAUCCCUACUUGUUGUACUACUUUCACUCCCGUCAGGGCUAUGCGUAAUGUUAAGAUGGGGUCCAAGAUAACGGAGAUCACUCGCCGUUUAGAAGAUAUUUCAGCUCAAAAGGCAGGGCUUGGUUUGAAGUGUUUGGACAAGGUGGAAAUAAUAACCCAAUCCAGUUGGGAAAGGCGGCCAGUCACUACCUGUGAGGUAUACGUACCUUGGGUUAAGGGCAGGGAUGCAGAUAAACAGAUCAUAAUUGAGAUGCUGCUUAAGGAUGAACCCGCUGCAACCAAUGUUUCUGUAGUUUCCAUCGUGGCCAUGGGUGGGAUGGGCAAGACUACUCUGGCAAAACUGGUGUACGAUGAUACUGCAGAGCCCAUAGCCAAUCAUUUUGCUCUGAAAGCCUGGGUUUCUGUAUCAAUUGAUUUUGAUAAAGUGGGAGCAACAAAGAAACUUCUCAACUCUCUUCCUUCUCAAAGCAGUAAUUCAGAGGACUUUCAUGAAAUUCAACGCCAGUUGAAGGAGGCAUUGAGGGGGAAAAGAUUUUUGAUAGUUUUGGACGAUUUGUGGAGAGACAUGCGUGAUAAAUGGGACGACCUACGCUCCCCUUUCUUGGAGGCAGCAUCAGGAAGCAAAAUCUUAGUCACCACUCGCGAUCGAGAUGUUGCAGAAUGGGUGGGGGGACCCAAGAACUUACAUGUCCUCAAACCCUUAUCUGAUGAUGACUGUUGGUCGGUAUUUCAAACACAUGCUUUCCAACUUAUAAAUAUCCACGAGCACCCAAAUUUGGAAUCAAUUGGCAGGAGAAUUGUAGAGAAGUGUGGAGGUUUGCCCUUGGCGGCAAAAGCACUUGGUGGCCUUCUGCGUGCUGAACGAAGAGAACGUGAAUGGGAAAGAGUAUUAGAUAGCAAAAUAUGGGAUUUACCUGACAACCCCAUCAUCCCUGCAUUGAGAUUGAGUUACAUUCAUCUCCCUUCACAUUUAAAGAGGUGUUUUGCUUAUUGCGCAAUAUUUCCCCAAGACUAUGAGUUUAUGAAGGAAGAGCUAAUCCCCUUAUGGAUGGCGGAGGGGCUAAUUCAACAAUCAAAAGAUAAUAGGAGAAAAGAAGAUCUUGGUGAUAAGUAUUUUUGUGAGCUAUUGUCAAGGUCAUUUUUCCAAUCGUCGAGUAGCAAAGAAUCACUAUUUGUGAUGCAUGACCUUGUUAACGAUCUAGCUAAAUUUGUUGCUGGAGAUACAUGCUUGCAUUUGGAUGAUGAGUUUAAGAAUAAUUUGCAAUGUCUCAUUCCUGAAAGUACUCGUCAUUCAUCAUUUGUUCGUCAUAGUUAUGAUAUCUUCAAAAAGUUUGAAAGAUUUUAUAAGAAGGAGCGCUUGCGCACAUUCAUAGCUAUUUCAACACAAAGAUAUUUUCCGACUCGCUGCAUAAGUUAUAAGGUGCUUAAGGAAUUGAUACCAAGAUUAGGAUACCUAAGGGUGCUCUCCUUGAGUGGUUAUCAGAUAAAUGAGAUACCAAAUGAAUUUGGCAAUUUGAAACUUCUAAGGUACCUUAAUUUGUCUAACACCCAUAUUGAAUAUUUACCUGAUUCAAUUGGCGGUCUUUAUAAUCUACAGACAUUGAUAUUAUCAUACUGCCAUAGGCUUACCAAGUUGCCUAUUAACAUUGGACACCUAAUUAACCUUCGACAUCUUGAUGUUAGUGGCGACGACAAAUUACAAGAAAUGCCUUCACAAAUUGGCAAAUUAAAAGAUUUGCAGGUAUUGUCUAAUUUCGUGGUGGGCAAAAACAAUGGUUUGAAUAUCAAAGAGUUGAGAGAAAUGUCAAAUCUUAGAGGUGAACUCCAUAUUUCAAAAUUGGAAAAUGUGGUGAAUGUUCAAGAUGUAAGGGUUGCCCGUCUAAAAUUAAAAGAUAACCUUGAAAGAUUGACACUAGCGUGGAGUUUUGACUCGGAUGGUUCAAGGAAUGGAAUGGAUCAAAUGAAUGUCCUUCACCAUUUAGAACCUCAAUCGAAUCUGAAUGAACUCAACAUUUAUUCAUAUGGUGGUCCAGAAUUCCCAGAUUGGAUAAGGAAUGGCUCAUUCUCUAAAAUGGCGGUUCUAAGUCUCAAAGAUUGCAAAAAGUGCACAUCUUUACCAUGCUUGGGGCAGUUACCAUCGCUUAAACGGUUGUGGAUUCAAGGAAUGGAUGGAGUAAAAAAUGUGGGUUCAGAGUUUUAUGGAGAGACGUGUCUUUCUGCAGAUAAGCUUUUCCCAUCACUAGAGUCUCUAUGGUUUGUAAAUAUGUCAGAAUGGGAGUAUUGGGAGGACUGGUCUUCCUCGAUAGAUUCCUCAUUCCCUUGCCUCCGUACGCUUACAAUUUAUAAUUGCCCUAAAUUGAUUAAGAAAAUACCCACUUACGUACCUUUGCUGACACGGCUCUAUGUUCACAACUGUCCAAAACUGGAGUCUGCACUUUUAAGGCUACCAUCUCUCAAGGAAUUAGAAGUCACGAAAUGUAAUGAGGCGGUCUUGAGAAAUGGAACUGAGCUCACCUCAGUGACCUCACUCACCGAGUUAACAGUUUCUGGGAUCUUAGGGCUUAUCAAAUUGCAACAAGGAUUCGUGCGGUCAUUGUCAGGGCUUCAGGCUUUGGAAUUUUCAGAAUGCGAAGAGCUCACAUGUUUGUGGGAGGAUGGGUUUGAAUCCGAAAGCCUUCACUGCCAUCAACUUGUAUCCUUGGGAUGCAAUCUUCUGUCUUUAACAAUAAAUGAAUGUGAUAAACUAGAGAGGCUUCCAAAUGGAUGGCAGAGUCUAACAUGCCUUGAAGAGUUGAAAAUCAUGGACUGUCCAAAGCUGGUGUCAUUUCCUGACGUAGGUUUCCCACCAAAGCUGAGAAGUCUUGGUUUUGCAAAUUGUGAAGGUCUCAAGUGUCUACCUGAUGGGAUGAUGCGAAAUAGUAACGCCAACAGUAACUCAUGUGUCCUUGAAUCCUUGGAGAUAAAGCAGUGUUCAUCUCUCAUUAGCUUUCCAAAAGGGCAAUUACCCACCACCCUAAAGAAACUAAGCAUACGGGAGUGUGAAAAUCUAAAGUCUCUUCCAGAAGGAAUGAUGCACUGCAAUUCCAUUGCCACCACCAACACCAUGGACACGUGUGCCCUUGAAUUCUUAUUUAUAGAGGGGUGUCCGUCUCUGAUUGGUUUUCCGAAAGGUGGGUUACCUACCACUCUCAAGGAACUCGAAAUAAUUAAGUGUGAAAGGCUAGAGUUUCUACCAGAUGGAAUAAUGCACCACAAUUCCACCAAUGCUGCUGCUCUUCAAAUCCUGGAAAUCUCUUCAUAUUCAUCUCUCACAUCCUUCCCAAGAGGGAAGUUUCCUUCCACCCUUGAGCAACUUUGGAUUCAGGAUUGUGAACAACUAGAGUCAAUUUCAGAGGAGAUGUUUCACCCUACCAAUAAUUCACUUCAAUCUUUACACAUCGGGGGGUAUCCUAAUCUCAAAGCCCUGCCAGAUUGCCUCAACACCCUUACGGAUCUAAGUAUUGAAGAUUUUAAAAAUCUGGAAUUGUUGCUUCCUCGAAUAAAAAACCUCACUUGUCUUACAGAGCUUUCCAUCCAUAAUUGUGAGAAUAUCAAGACCCCCCUAUCCCAAUGGGGCCUUUCCGGACUCACCUCUCUUAAAGACCUUUCCAUAGGAGGCAUGUUUCCAGAUGCAACUUCCUUUUCGAAUGACCCCCGCUUGAUUCUUCUUCCUACAACUCUCACCUCCCUUUCCAUUUCACAAUUCCAGAAUCUGGAAUCCCUAUCCUCCCUGUCUCUCCAAACCCUCACCUCUCUUGAACAGCUAUGGACCGACAAUUGCCCGAAGCUCCGGUCAAUUUUGCCAAGGGAAGGACUGUUGCCUGACACCCUUUCACAACUGCAUAUGUGCCAGUGCCCAUAUCUAAAACAAAGGUACUCGAAGGAGGGAGGAGAUGAUUGGCCCAAGAUUGCCCACAUCCCCUAUGUGAAAAUUCAAUAGAAACACAUCUUUUGAGCAAUAAAUAAGAAAGCAGCUCUUCACAUGGCUCCUAACUUGGCAUUUUCUCUUUAAUCCACUGCAAUCAGAAAUGAGGAUCACUACUUCUCCCUUGCCAGGUGCAUUUUUAGUGCUUGGAAUGUAAAAAGGAGAAGAGAGGAUUAGCUCCCUUUAUAGAUGGAUGACAAAUGGCUUCUGGGCAAAAUUAUCUUCAGCUACGUUAUGCUCAAAUGGGUUGCACAUCUUGUUGGAGUGACAAUGUCAAAUAAGAUGUACAUUAUACGAAUAUUUGACCAUCUGAGAAGCAUCUGAAUCUGGAAACUACCAGUGUGCCUCUACAACCUUAGAAUUCCUCACAUAAGAAAAUGUGGAUCUCAAGUCCCUACCUCAUCAGAUUCAGAGUCUCACAUCUUUUCAACAGAUUCAGAGUUUCACAUCUCUUCACAUGGUCCAGGUUCUGGACUUCUUUCAGAAAGCAAUUUCACUAAUACAAUUGCAAGGGUAUUAAGACACCUUGUCUUUGUGGACCCUCCAAAGAUUCGCCUUUCUCAAAACUCGAUUCAUUCAUUUUAUAUUGUGCAUUGUUAAAUGCAGUUUCCUUUCGACAGUAUUUCUUGCUACAACUCUCAUUGAUCUUUCAAUAAAAAGACUCUCAAAUCUGGAAUCCUUAGCCACCUCCCUUGGUCUUCAAAACUUCAUCUCUGUUCAACUUGUAGAGAUUGAGGAGUGCCCUGUUCUAGUCCCCAUUGCCAAGUGAAAGGCUAUCUGCUGAGUUUUAUCGAGUGUCCACUUCUAAAUCAAAGAUGUUUGAUGGAGAAUAAUGGAGAUUGGCCCCAGAUUGCUUGCUUAGCCUAAUGUGAGAAUAGAUCAUAAAGUCAUUUUUGAACCAUAAUAAGUUCAAAUUGCAAAAAUGGGUGUAGAGGCAAUUCAGUCUUCUCCUAUCCUUACAUUUAAUAAGUGGCUUAGCUAUUUGCGAAAGUCUCCAUGGAGUUGUGUUAGAAAGUUUGACUAGGAAGCAGGUGCUCUCUGAGCAGUUUUAGUUGGAGAUUUGACAUGCAGGCAUAGGAAAAAAAUGACAAAGGAGGGUCCCAUUUGACAACAGUUACAAAUUGGCAUGGAUGUCGCGAUUUCAAUGUUUUCACAUUGUCAAAAGGAAGGAUUCAAUUUGUUGUAUGUUCAAUGCUCUUAUUGUGUUGACAAAAUGGGAUUUGGAGUUCACGUUGGAGAUUACAAGUUUGAACUGAAUGCAAAUUUGAACAAUGCUUGAAAUGAAGAACACUUUUUGGCAUGUCCUGCUAUCUUGAGUUGCACAAGUCAGAGGCUCAAAGAGCACAAACUCUUAUGACUGGAGGAAAGACAACUGACUUCUCAUUCUAUGGGCUAUGCAUCAGAGACACAACUUCUAAAUCCAAUGAUGAGACAUCAGUUCAAGAUUGCUCACAUCUCUUAUUUGGAAAUAGAUGAAGAGAUUCAUCUUUGAUCCAUAAUAGUUGGGAUUCCAAAAAUGGAAGCAGGUAGAGUUCACCCUGUUCUAUCCAUAUAUUCAGGUGCAGCUUCUGACAGCAGUUACAAGCUUUAAGGCUUGACAUUUUCUAUUCAAAGUUUGUUCCCCUUGUUGGUCCCUCCUAUAGUCCCAUGAUUAUUUUUGCGACAGGUUCUCUAACUGCUUAUUCACCAUGUUUCCUACUUUGCUCAGGUGUAGUGACAUUCCAAUUGGAUAUCUGGAAUUUAUAUGUUGUAAUGAAUGAGAAUCUACUAGCUUCAUGCUUCCUAGAGAGCCAAUAAUUGAUGGUUGCAUGCCCAAGUCUAGGGACAAGUUUUUCAUCCAAUGGGCCAGUUUCCUGCAUAUUCCUAAUGAAGGUGGAGAUUCUUAAUUGCCAAAAUUUGGAGUGUAGAGUAGAUGAAUGUUGUCAAAUGCAAAAAAGGAACACUACUUCAAUUGAAUACUGAUUAAGGGUUUUCAAAAGCAUUUUCUCCGGUAUCAGUGUUGGAAGACAAGCUGCCACAGAAACAACUAGCAACUUUGAUUGAGUUGGUGUCUCAAGUCUCCCAAAGAACUCACAAUUGAGUUGGUGCUCAAGUCAAUUUACUUCCCCAAGAUAGGCUAGCUUCCUCCAAUGCUCUAAAAUGUGGAGAUUACAAGUUGCUAAAAUCUGUGUCUAUAUUAGAUGAAGAUGGGGUGAUUCCCAAGAACAACUGCGCAUCCCUUGAAUCAUGUAUGUUGCUCAGUCUCCGCACUAAGCUCCAUUUGUAUUUGGCAAGUGAAACUAUAUUUGAGAGACAGAACUCCUAAAUCCAAUGAUGAGAGAUGACCCAGAGAUAGCUCGCAUAUCCUGUGUGAAAACAGAUGGUGAGAUUCAUGUUUGAUCUAUAAUGGUUCACUACAAUAGCAGAAGCAAGGAGAUUUCACCAUAUCCUAGUUUCAUACCAUUGAAAUUUCCUACAAGUGGAGCUAUUUGGUGAAUUUUGCACUUAACCUUUAUUGUUAAAAAACUUCACUAGGGGGCAGCUUUUAACAGCAGUUAUAAGCUUUAUGGCUUUACAUUUACGAUUCAAUGUUUGGUCCACUUGUUGGUCCCUCCCACAGUCCAAUGAUUCUUUCUAUGAUGGGUUGUCCAACUUCACUUUCAGCUUUGCUUCUAUAGUUCAUUCAAGUGUAGUGAAAUUGGCCAGUUGGAUGUCUACAAAUCAUAUGGUGCAAUAUAUAAGAAACCAUCAAGAGGGUGCACAACACUGAGUCUAUUAGAGGGAUGGUUGCAUGCCCAGGAAACAUCUAUCGCAGGGACAGAUUAUUAUGUAUCUUUGGAGUUAUUACUGAUUGGAUUGAUUCAAAAGUAGCAACGGGCCUCUGGGAUUCUUUCAGAUUUCUAAAUGCCCUAUUUCCAUGUCUUUCCAAGAAACCAGCUUCCUGCAAUCCUAAUGAAGGUGGAGAUUCUGAGUUGCCCAAAGCUGGAGUUCAAACUAAAUGAAUGUUGUCGAAUGAAAAAGUAGAACAUCACUUCUUGUGAAUACAGAUUUUGGGUGGUAGAGAAUGGAAUAAUGCACCACAACACGUUUCUUGUACAUCUUGCAAUGAUGUUCUUCCACAAUGAUCAAAAGAAACAAAGUAGUCAAAACUAAGCAAUGACACGAUUUUUCCUCACGGAGGAAGGUGAGGGAAAGGAAAGGAUGCAACCCAAUGAUCAUAAAGGACAGCACUCACAUUUCCAACUGGGCCCCGAAUUUCCCACCGGCUCGGAAAAUUCUAGCCCCAAAUUUGUAUACAUGCCCAUCAUCAAUAUUAGUAAUUGGUUUCUGACAGAUUUGCAACAAUUUAACACAACUACAAGGUUUAGUGUGAUGGGAGUGUCUGUGGUGGUCAAGAGUGCAAGGCAGGAUCCAUAAGAAAUAUCCAAAGUAGGCCUUUAUAGGAUUUUUUUAUUUUAGUAUAUUUUCAUAUUACAUAUUAUACACAUUACACUUCCCAAAUUACUGUUUAAACUUGAGGGGAAAAAAAGGUGUCAUAUGACAAUAUCUAACUAUAGUUUACCAAAAACUUCAUACAGAAAGAGUAUAACUCAACUCAGGAAGAAAUAUUUUUCCUA